GCGCGAACACCCAAGUGACAGGUCGCCAGUGAAGGAGGCCUCUUCUAUAACUCUUCUCGCAAGCUCGAUUGGCCGUCCACGUGCAGCGCGCAGCCCUCUCUGUCGGAAUUGGCUGGCAGUCGACCGCUCAAUAAUAAGCUGCCACUUCAACCUCUCCCUCGACGCUCCCACCGCAACGCCCACCCGCCCGCCACCAUGGAUUUCUCAAGCCUGAAAGACCAAGUGAGCAACCUCACGCUCUACGACCUCAAAGCUGGGGUCCGCAAAGUCCAGAAUGCGGUGAUGAACUACACCGAGAUGGAGGCGAAGGUGCGGGAGGCGACGAACAACGAGCCCUGGGGUGCUUCGUCGACGCUGAUGCAGGAAAUCGCAAACGGCACCUUCAACUACCAACUACUGAAUGAGAUCAUGCCCAUGAUCUAUAAACGCUUUACCGAGAAGGCGGCCGAGGAAUGGCGGCAGAUAUACAAGGCCCUCCAGUUACUCGAGUUUCUCAUCAAGAACGGCUCCGAGCGGGUCAUCGAUGAUGCGCGCGCACACGUCUCGCUCCUCAAGAUGCUGCGCCAGUUCCACUUCAUCGACCAGAACGGCAAGGAUCAGGGCAUAAACGUGCGGAACCGUGCCAAGGAGCUUGCGGAGCUUCUCAGCGAUGUUGACCGGAUCCGAUCAGAGCGCAAGAAGGCACGAGCCAACCGGAAUAAGUUUGGGGGCGUCGAGGGCGGCAUGGGCGGCGGCUUCUCCGGCAGCGGGAGCAGCAGCAGAUACGGGGGGUUCGGAAGCGAGUCGGCAAACUUUGGCAGCUACAGCGGAGGCGUAUACGGCGAUGGAGGCGGCUUUGGAGGACAGGACUCUGGCUUCUCUGACUCCCAAGCUCGUCGGGAUCGUUUUGAAGAGUACGACGAGUACGACGAGGGAGAGACUGCGCCUCCACCACGGCGGAACCAGACGACUUCGGCGUCAUCAGGCCAAGUCAGGAGGGAAGUCAAGAAGGAGGAACCAAAAGCAAAGGCACCGGAACCUGUGGCCGAUUUGCUCGCAUGGGACGAUGAGCCGGCGCCCGCCUCUACCUCUGCCGGGAAGCAGCCUGCCGCUCCCACAGGAAACGAUUUUGGAGACGAUGACGAUUUCGAUGACUUCCAGUCUGCUGCACCCUCAGCCCCAACCGCACCAGUAGUAAAGCCAGCAGCGUCGGCAUUCAUUGCACCGCCCGCAUCUACAUCGACGGUAGGAUCUACGACUCAGUUUGCAGCGCCUCAGCCGCAGUCUGCCACACAGAACAACAACUUCAAUGAUAUCUUCUCGACUGCCUCUCCUCCCCCUGCGGCGAACAAAGGUGCUUCUCCAGCUAUCGCCACCCCGGCUUCCGCUUCUUCGAGUAUUGCACAGCCUUACAGGCCUGCAGGCUACGAAGCCACGGGGGCCAACUACUUCACCUCCGUUCCUCUGGCCUCCAAUGCCCCUUCCACUGGUUCGACGCCAGCUCUCAUGUCUCCUUGGAUUGGGGGAAACAAGAUGGGAUCAGUAGCUCCUAAGAAAGCUGGCGGCGAUGCAUUUGCCUCCCUUCUUGCCGGUUCCGCCCCGAAGAAGUCGGCCACGCCUACACAGAAGGUCACAAUGGCGGAUAUGGCUAAGCAGAAGACGAGUCAGGGGCUGUGGGGUGCGCCCGCGUCUGGCUCCAGUACGCCGGCAGCCCAGCCUCAGGGUGGAGCGAAACCUGGCGGAGCAUUGGGUGACUUGCUUGGUUAACGUAGAAUUGGGGAAGCAAUCAGGGGGGCUGUAUUUCUGUCACGUUCUCUGCGAAUGGCGUCGGGAAUCAAAAGAUGGUGCCUAGGCGUGGUGCUUGUAUUCAAUACGGAGCUUUAAGAACGAUGAUGUCUGUUCAUGCCCAC